AUGGAACGCUUCCAAAUUUUGGCUACCGUCACGGCGACUCUUAUUGCAUAUGGCCUUUUCCGUCUUUUGUCCAUUGGCAAACGUCCCAAAGACUAUCCUCCUGGUCCUCCAACAUUGCCACUUCUUGGGAAUAUCCAUCAGAUGCCAACGAGAGAUGCACAUCUUCAGUUUGAGAAAUGGGCCCGUGAAUACGGAGACAUCUACUCCCUCAUACUUGGAACGAAGACGUUGAUAGUUCUGUCAAGCGACGAAGCUGUCAAAGAACUUUUGGACCGACGCAGCAAUAACUUUUCUGAUCGGCAGGAGAUGUACAUCGGCCAGACGCUCUGUUCCGACUCUCUUCGUUUGCUCAUGAUGGGCUACGGCCCGCGGUGGCGAGGCAUCCGCAAGAUGGUCCACCACCUCCUCAAUAACACCGUUGCCCCCAAAUACGUGCCAUAUCAGAUGCUGGAGACCAAGCAAAUGCUGAACGACCUGCUCGGUACGCCCGACGACUUUCUUCAACACAUUCGUCGAUACUCCAAUGCAUUGACGACGUCAAUGGUCUUCGGCUGGCGGACUCCAACUUAUGCAGAUGCCAAGAUUCAGCAGCUCUUUGAAGGUUUCUCUGAAUUCGCUGACAUAAAUCAGACUGGAACAGCUGCUCUGAUCGAUUUCUUUCCCAUACUUCGACGCUUCCCUGAUUGGCUCCUACCAACUCAAAAGAAGGCCAAGGAGCUUCAUCGGGUCGAAAGAAAGCUCUAUCUAGACCAUUGGCUUAGAGCCAAAAAAGAGAUCCGGGAUGGCACAAUCAAUCAUUGCUUCUGCGUCGGUAUGGCAGAGGCCCAGAAGAAGGAUGAAUUUAGCGAUACCCAAGCGGCUUACAUUAGUGGAACGCUGCUGGAGGCAGGCUCAGACACCACCUCGUCAACGCUGUACGCCUUCGUGCAAGCAAUGCUCCUCUACCCAGAAGUCCAAAGAUACGCCCAACAACACAUCGACAAAGUCGUCGGCGAUCGACUCCCUACGAUGGCCGACCAACCCAACCUACCUUACGUCCGCAUGCUCAUGAAAGAAACUCUCCGAUGGUGUCCCACCACAAUCCUCGGCGCAGUCCCUCACGCCGCCACAAAUGCCGACACAUUCAAAGGCUACCUCAUCCCAAAAGGUGCCGGUGUUAUGAACAAUGUGUGGGCCAUCAACAUGGAUCCCGCCCGCUCUCCAGACCCUCGUAUCUUCAAACCAGACCGCUACAAAGACGACCAUCUCGGUCUGUACGAUUCAGCCUCGAACCCAGACGGCGCCAAACGAGACCAGUUCACCUUUGGUGCCGGCAGAAGAAUCUGUCCUGGCAUGCACGUCGCCGAGAGGAGCCUUCUUCUAGGAAUCUCGCGGUUCUUGUGGACUUUUGAGGUCCGGCCGGCGCUCGAUGCGGAGGGUAGGGAGAUCUGGCCGGAUCAGGAGAAACUUACCCAAGGAUUUGUGUGUAUGCCAGAGGAGUUCCCUGCGAGGAUAACGCCGAGGAGCGCGGAGAAGGCGACGCUUGUGAGGAGGGAAUGGGAGGCUGCGGACAGGGAUUUGUUAGAUCCCCUUACGAAGCAGUGGGUGCAUAGUCCACUUUGA